AUGUCUACUUUUAGUUCCCCGGAUUUCCUCCUAUUCCCUUCUAAUUCCACCAUUCGUUCCAAAAUGCUCGAAUCCCAGAAACAAUACUUUCAACCCAUGAUGGAUCCCAUGGUUGACACAUUCUACCCCGUUGACAUGAAUUCAUAUCCCAAUCCUCAUCCUGAUACCGACUACUCUCGAGUUCCUCCAUACUAUGAUCCAUCCGUAUUUGAGACCGACUUCAAGAUCUCAUCCAUUUCCAGCUUCCCUUCAAUGCCCGCCACUCCUCCCUCCAUCUCCCUAGAACCUCAGAUGCCGACUGGGUCUAUUGCUUCAGGCAGUGCGCCUUCAUCGGCAAUUGGCUCGCCAUAUUCUGGAUCCGCACAACUCUACCAAGAUAACUGGGUAAAUACAAAUCACGGCCUGGGUCUUCCAGCCGCAGUUAUGAGUGAUUUGUUCGUCAAUGAGUAUCCCGUGGAUUCAGAAGGACUGUUCCAGGGUAAAUUCCCGGAUACAUUUGUUGAUUUGAGAUCGAACCGAAAACUGACGUGGGCUCCACUUUUAAUAGAUCCUUCCUUGAUCCAACCUGUUCAAUCUCACAACUUUUCUCCUUCUAUUCCCUAUGAACAACACCAAAACAACUCUACAUACUCUCUUGUUCCCUCUGAUUUCCUACCCUACUCCCCCGCUAUAUCUCCUGUCCCUUACAGUGACAAUGUCGAUCAACAAUAUACUUCUCCCAUGAUGAUGCCCGCCCGCACAUCUUCAAGACUCUCGGUCUAUGACCGUAGGUCGUCUAUCUCAUCUACACGAUCUCGCCGUUCAAGACAGAGCCCGGCUUUAAGUAGCGUGGAGGUAGAUGACGAGGUCAAGGAAAAGGGACGAUGCCCACAUCCAGAUUGCGGUCGAGUUUUCAAAGACUUGAAGGCUCACACGCUCACACACCAGUCUGAGAGACCCGAGAAGUGCCCGAUCAUGAACUGCGAGUACCACACAAAGGGCUUCGCUCGAAAAUACGACAAGAACCGCCACACAUUAACCCACUACAAGGGCACAAUGGUGUGUGGCUUUUGCCCAGGCCCGGGAUCUCCAGCAGAGAAGAGCUUUAACCGCGCCGAUGUCUUCAAGCGCCACCUGACUGCCGUGCAUGGUGUGGAACAGACUGCGCCGAACUGCCGCAACAAACGCAACUCAUCAGCAUCUACAAAGCAAAAUACGGGCACAAACUACAGCAGUGAUGGUACUGGUAAAUGUUCCACUUGCUCUUCGACGUUCAGCAAUGUACAAGACUUCUACGAGCAUCUGGACGACUGUGUUUUGCGCGUAGUGCAGCAGGAGGAGCCGUCAGAGGCCAUCAACCAGCAACGUCUGGCUGAGGUAGCCUCGGACGACGAGGUGCGUAAAACUAUGGAAAAACACCAACUGCACAACUCGGCUGGCUCCGAGCAAUUUGAUGAUAACGACUCUCACGAUGAUGAUGAUUUUCUCGACCCCUCCCUCUGGCGCGGUGCAGCCAGAAAGGGUACCAACUCCUUCUCUUCCUCUCGCGUUAUUCUCGGUGCCGGGAAUGCGGUCACCAAGAACUCUUCUACUGCUUCUCGCACUGCGCACAGUCGUCGUCGCACUCGUGGCACCUAUCCUCAGGACUGGAGCUGCCCUAGUAGCAACAUCAAGACCAAGAAACGGGUACUAUGUGUCUUCAAUGGCUCCCGCCGCCUAUGGAAAGAUGAGAUGCGACUGAACAAUGAAUUUGAAGUCCGUCUUCGCUUUCCAGGAGAUGACGCGCGGGAAACCUACGUCACCGACCUAGACAUCAUGACCCUGAAGCGCGCAGAAGGUGUGCUAAGCACUAAUGACGAAGAGCGCGGUCCCUGGAUCAACGAUCUCUCGCAUCAAAUCAUGGGCCAACCGGCCAUUCUUCUAUCCGAUAUGUGCCGUGGCGAUGAUGAGAUCCCGACAAUUGACGAGCUGAUGGCAUGA